AUGGGAACCGGAACCGGGAACUUGGAACCGCGCCUGGAGCCGGCCGUAGAGGAAUCCUUUGAUGGAGCUAAAGACCGGGCGGCCCCCGGCCAGAAGAGCGAAGGUGCAGGUCAUCCGCUGCUGGAAGAGAAGGGACCUGAAACCGGAGCCGCGACGAAGAGGGUCCCUUUAGCACUCCCGAGGGUUCCAAGCUUGGGCCUACCCCAAACUAUCACGACAGGGCACGGGAUGCUGAUUCCCCAGCACCUCGAGGUCCUUGGAGUUGGGGGCAGCAGCUACGUCUACAAGUGCCACGGAGACCUUGCCUAUAAAGUAAAUGUCACCGAGCGCGAGGUUGACCUGAUGACGGCGGCGGGCGAUUGCGCCAUCACUCCCCUCUGCCAUGUCUUGGCCAAAAUAGACGGCGCAUGGUGGCGGCGGGGACUGAUCAUGGAGCUCGCCACGCCCUUUGAUUUCAAGCUCGUGCCGGCCAAAGAGCGCAUGGCCGUCAAGGACGAGAUGGUUGGCCUUGUCGAGCGCCUUCACAGUAGCGGAAUCGGCAUCGCCAACGGCGACAUCAAGCCCGACAACUUCCUGCGGUGCCGCGGCGGCAAGCUCCGCCUGUGUGACUUCGACUCAGCCCGGCUGCUGACCGACGAUGAGGUCGAGGACUGGGAGGGUGGCGUCAGCGACCGAUAUUUGGCCCCGAGCCGCCGCUAUCCGGAAACUCAUGGCCCCCCCACGGUCGUUGACGACAACUAUGCCCUGGCCAUCUCCGUGUGGGAACUCUUCACGGGGAAGGACGCAUUAAUUGACGAGGAUAUGGAGGAUGCGCUGAUGGAAGGCAAGACAGUCGAUCUGGACGAGUUAGAGGACGAGGAUGUCCGGACCUUUGUGUGGAAACGACUGCGAGACGGCGGCGCGAAGGUCCCAGAUCCCGUUCCUGCAUGGGAUGGUGGCGGGAAAUAG